AUGUCGAACAUCACGAGAGCAUUCACCCGGCGCAAUAAGCGUCCGGAAGUAUCAGCGCCCAUGCCAUAUCGUGGCGAUGGGCAGGUGCGACUCAAUUCGUCAAGCAUCAAGCGCGGCAAUAUAUCUAGGCCCGUCCAGCUGUUGUCCACAACCAAUAUGCUAGCCUACAACGCACCUGAUAUCAACUCGGCCAACUCAGCCGGCUCUUCAUCUACCUCAUCGCUACGAUCGCGUGACGACUCCGACGCUUCUAUGUCCCCGCAAAGCUACGCGUCUUCAAUGACCUCACCCGACCUCUCCCCCUACGAGAGCUGUCCCAUUGACGCAAAUCCAAUGGCGUCGUAUUUCCCGAAGCGCUCGGACACAAUGACAAGCCACCCGCGCUCCUCUACGUCGUCUUCGUCAACCGCGGACCCUCCGCUGGUGCCUAAGCGUGCACUGUCGCACACCAAGCGGUCCCACCAGGAGCUCGCUCACAAGCGCUCGAUCUCCAGGUUGUCGCCGCCUCCUCUGAACGCCGCGCGCAGCACACCGACAGUUCGAUCAACACAGGAUUUCUUCCAACCGGAGGUGCAUCCAUUUAGCAAAGAGUUGGAGCAGGUGAACGAAGUUGCGGAGGAAUUCGGAGGACUUAAUCUGCUCGAUGACGAAGAGCGGAUUCUCCAUGACAAGGGGCUCAAGAAAUUCUCUGUCGAAGAUUAUCUUGUGGAACUUGAAGAGCUGUAUGGCAGUAUCUUCGAUGACAAGCCUGGAACCGUGUGCACUUCUUGGUUCUAA